AGGGUUUUUGCAGCGAAGCGGCUUUGGAUGAGAUAUCCUCCUCACAGAACUAAGCAAGAGCAGAAGAACACUGAGAGAUAGAGAUAGAGAGAGAUAGAGGGAGAGAAUGAGUAACGGAAUCAUCAGUAGCAAUAUGAAGGCGAGUGGGAAUCCUUCAAUCCCAGCGAUUUCAAGGAAGAUGGUCCAGAGCUUGAAGGAGAUUGUAAACUGCCCUGAUCAUGAGAUCUACGCCAUGCUCAGAGAAUGCAACAUGGACCCCAACGAAACCGUCCAUUGCCUCCUCUCCCAAGCAUUAGGGUGUGUUUGUGUGUAUUGCAACUAACUGGUAGUUUGGGCGCCGUUCAUCCUACCAAGAAUUUGGGGUAGCAUGGAGUAUCGGAACUGCCUUACAUGAUACUUUUCACGAGGUGAAGAGCAAACGAGAAAAGAAAAAGGAGAUGAAGGGGAGCACAGAAUCUCGGCCUCGAGGUGUUGGUAGUACUCCAAAUCGUGGAGGUAGGGGUGGUGCUGACCGUAAUGUUGGGCACGGUGGCUACACCCAAUUCAGCUCUAGUGACUCUGGAGUUAUGCAUGGAAAACCUGUAUACAAGAAGGAAAAUGGAGUGAAUAGCAUUCCGAGUUCAUCUUCUGCAUCUGGUGGAAAUAAUACUAAUUGUUGGUCUACAUCUCUGAGCGACUCUACUUCCACAGAAAAUGCAGCACAGAUGAUCCGCACAGCUGAGCGCAUCUUUGUGUCCUCCCAACCUUCAUCAGGAUUGCAACCUGCUUGGUCGGGGGUCCCAGGUCAGCUUUCAAUGGCUGACAUUGUGAAGAUGGGUAGGCCUCACAGCAAAGCGUCCAGCCUUCCCGUUGCUGCCACUGAGACUCGCUACUCAUCUCAUAAUUCAGUUUUGUCAAGCACAUCACAGCGCAGUGUCAAACAUCCCCGAUAUUCCACGCCUCUGCCACCAGAAGAUCCUACUUUCACGGGUUCAGAAAUAACUCAAGAAACAAGCAUGGCUAUAAGACAGCGUAUCUCCCAUGACGACUGGCCCUUGGUUGAGCAGUCACCAGCUGCAAGUGGGUCAUCUGUCGCAGAACCAUCUGCUACUUCUGUUUAUCCUGAUUCAUCUUUGCAUCAAAAUCCUCUGGAGGAAAAUGUUACUAUUGAGAAUCUAACAGCAAACUGCAUUGGAUUUGCUUCUGCAUCUGACAGACAAAUACCUGUGGAUAAUUCUGGAGGGGAAUCUCAUCUUGAUGACAUUUCAUUAAAAGAUAAGAGUUCCUACCAGACUCAGAGACUUGCAUCUGAGCAUCAAGAAGGAAUUGGGGGCUGCUCAAAUGUAGGUGUUCUGGAAUAUUCUGCACCUUCUUCACUUGAGGAUGUCAGUGUUGCAGUAAGCUCAGUUGCUGCAAGCUUGCGGAAGCUGAGCUUCCAUAAAGAAGAGCUUGGUUCACCACCUAUGGAGAAUAACCCAGCAGUCAUAAUUCCAGAUCAUCUGCAGGUCCCAACUGCGGACUGCUCACAUUUGAGCUUUGGUAGCUUCAGGUCUGGUAUUAGUGCUACAUUUUCUGGAUCAUUUGCAUCAAAGACCUCGAAGAGUAAUGUGGAAGAAACCUCUUUAGUAGCUGAUGCUUCAUCUGUCGAACGCCCAGAUAAAAGGCAUGUCUUAACUGAUGCUUCAUCUGUCGAACACGCGGAUACAAGGCAUCAAGUGACAUCUGCAUCAAAUGAGAGCAUUGAUUACCCUUUGUCUUCACAGCCUGAGGUCAUAAAACAUGAUACUGCUGCAGAAGUAGCACAUGGGCAUCGGUACCCUUUUCCAUCUUCCUUACCUGACUAUGCAUUCGAAAACGCUACGGAAAUGAAUGCUGCAACAUACCCCUAUGCACAAACAAGCUCCCAGUUGCAGAACCUUAUUCCGUUUUCCAGUGAAAUGCAAGCAUACACAUAUCCCCUGCCAAGUCAUCGGUUGGCGUCAGCAGUUCAACCAGUGCGAGAAUCUGAUCUUCCCCACUCACCAUUCUCUGCGACACAAUCAAUGCCUACAAAACAUAGCAGCAGAGUAUCUUCCAUCGGCAGUCUGACCCUUUCCAUCCCAGAAGCUGUGAACCCAACUGUCUUCUCCAUACCUCAGGCAACGCAACGGACAAUGACAGGCACCAGCAUUCCAACAGGUCCUGCACUACCUCAACACCUACCUUUGCACCCUUACACCCAACCAGCUCUUCCUUUAGGACAUUUUGCCGACAUGUUUGGCUACCCGUUCCUGCCUCAGAACUAUGCAUAUGUACCUUCUGCUUUCCAACAGGCAUAUGCUGCUGGCAACAGCAGUUACCAUCAGUCUCCAGCAGCACUGCCACAAUAUAAAAACAGUGUUUCUAUCAGCAGUUUACCUCAAUCAGCCACUAUAGCUUCUGGUUAUGGAGGGUUUGGAGGUUCACCUAACAUUCCUGGAAACUCUACACUGAAUCCUUCAAAUACCCCUCCAAGCACUUCAGUCAGCUAUGAAGAUCUUAUAGGCUCUCACUACAAAGACAGCAACCAUCACAUCCCUCAGCAGAAUGAAGGUUCGGCCAUGUGGGUUGAGGGGCCUGGUUCCAGAACCAUGUCAGCUGUUCCGGCCAGCACAUAUUACAGCUUGCAGGGGCAGAAUCAGCAUAGUGGGUUCCGACAAAGCCAGCAGACAUCGCAUUAUGGAGCCAUGGGGUUUGCAAAUUUCUACAAUUCUCAGACUGGAGUCUCCCAGGAACAUCAGCAAACAUCUACCGUUGGGGCUUUAAGUGCCCAACAGGGUCUCCCAUCUCAGCAGUCACACCAGAUCUGGCAACACAGUUACUGAUGCUUUUGCCUCCUGUUUUUUUUUAUGGCUUUGUGGGGAGUAGAAGAGUAGCUGCUGAUUCAAGGUGCUGUUACGGUUUGAUCGAAGUGUUUAGAAUGGAGAGAGUCCGGAUCCUGAGCAACUGUACAUAAAGAGAACUUGGCUAGCUGCUGCCCACGUCUUCAGGUUGUAUUCUACUUAGGUGCUCACGUGACUCAUUCGGGCUUAAUGGUUUUCCAUAGUGAGAGAAGUCUCUCCUUGGACUUACCUUUGUAACAGUUAAUCUAAAUUAUCUAACCAUGGUAGUAUUCCAAUAUCCACAGACUGAUUAUUUGGAUUGUUCCAAGUUUUUUUUUUUUCUCUGUAACCCUUGAAUCGAAAUUAUCUGACGAUUGUAGUAUUCCAAUAUCCACAGACUGAUUAUUUGGAUUGUUCCAAGUUUUUUAUUUUUGGUUCUCUGUACCACUUAAAUCUAAAUUAUCUAACUAUGGUAGUAUUCCAAUA